AUGGCAGAAGCAUUCCCAGAAGUGACAACCGAAUACACUUAUGACGAAUAUGCUUUUACCUGCGAUAAAACUGACAUCCAAGAAUUUGGGAAAAUAUUUCUGCCAAUAUUUUACAUUGUCAUGUUUGCUCUUGGCCUCACGGGGAAUCUCAUGGUGGUUUUUGCCAUUUUGAAAGCAGGAAGUAAAAAAAGCAUCACUGACAUUUAUCUUCUGAACUUGGCUGUCUCGGACCUUCUCUUUGUGAUCUCCCUCCCCUUCUGGGCUUCCAAUACAGUGCGGGGAUGGACUCUUGGGACUAUCCCAUGCACAGCUGUUUCUUCGCUGUAUUAUAUCGGUUUCUUUGGGGGAAUGUUUUUUAUCACGGUGAUCAGUAUUGACAGAUACUUGGCUAUUGUCCGGGCAACGUACUCUCUGAAAUCCAGAACCAUGAAGCAGGGUUUUCUGAUAACCUGCGGAGUAUGGGCAACAGCAGUUUUAGUUUCAGUGCCACAUUUUGUGUUUUCCCAGCUGUUAGAAAAUGACUGCAUUCCUGUGUUCCCCCAGGAGCUGGAGAACAUCUGGCCAGUGUUCUGCAAUGUGGAACUGAACACCAUAGGCUUUCUCAUCCCAGUUUGUAUCAUAUGCUAUUGUUACUGUGGGAUCAUCAAAACCCUGCUGUCCUGCAAAAAUCAGAAAAAAACACGAGCCAUAAAACUGACCUUGGUUGUGGUGGUUGUGUUUUUUCUCUUUUGGUCUCCCUACAAUGUGCUGAUUUUUCUUGAGACUUUAAAGCACUACGAGUUAUUUGUAAACUGCAAACAAAUUAAAUCACUGGACUACGCAAUGCACCUGACUGAAACCAUUGCUUUCAGUCAUUGCUGCCUCAAUCCUCUUAUCUAUGCCUUUGCUGGGGAAAAAUUCAGGAAAUACCUUUACAGUGUUUGCUUAAAGUACUGCCCAUGCCUGUGCUUCUGUGGGCCCUGCAGUCGCUACCAGGUCAGCUCUUCAGCUAGCUAUGCAGAAAGCGCUAUGAACAGCAACAUUACCCUAAACACCAGUGACCAGGAUGGAACUGUCUUCCUAUGA